GGCUGUUUCCGUACAGAGAUUUGAGCUGAGAGUCGUCUGUUUCUACUGAAGAGACAGGAGCAUCAGCUGGGUUUACUUUGGCAUAUAGAGUUCUUUUUCUACUAUUGCAAGAAAAUAUUUAAGAUCUUUACAAAUGGAUGCCGCCGACCAGCUUGUGUCUACUGGUACAUUUCGUGUGGUGAAGGAGCCCCUUGGAUUUCUGCGGAUUUUAGAAUGGCUUUUUGCAAUUUUUGCAUUUGCAACAUGUGGUGGUUAUUCUGGACAGCUGAAAGUCAGUGUAGACUGUCAGAACAAGACAGACAGCGACCUAAGUGUUGGGAUAGAGUUUGCUUACCCUUUCAGGUUGCACCAGGUGUAUUUUGAUGCCCCCACGUGCGAUGGUAAAAGACGAGAGAGACUGUUCCUGAUAGGAGACUAUUCUUCUUCGGCCGAGUUCUUCAUUACCAUUGCAGUCUUUGCUUUCUUGUACUCAUUGGGGGCCACUGUUGUGUACAUUUUUUACCAGAACAAGUACAGAGAGAACAACAGGGGGCCACUUAUUGAUUUUAUUGUGACGGUGGUGUUCUCGUUCAUGUGGCUGGUGAGCUCGUCUGCCUGGGCGAAGGGUCUGUCGGAUGUGAAGACCGCCACAGACCCCAGUGAGGUGCUUUUGUUAAUGUCUGCAUGUAAGGUGCAGUCCAACAAAUGCCUUCCUCUCCAUAAACCUGUAUGGGCAAGUUUAAAUACUUCUGUUGUCUUUGGAUUCUUAAACUUUGUUCUAUGGGCUGGAAAUAUUUGGUUUGUAUUCAAGGAGACUGGAUGGCAUUCUUCCACCCAGAGGUAUCCUUCAAGCACCACAGAAAAGCAACCAAGAGGCUAUAACCAGCAAUCCUACAACCAAGGCAGAUAUGAGCAAGAAAACAUUGGCCAGUCUGGUGGUACCAAUCCACCAGGAGACUUCGGUCAGCAGUCAAACUACGGCCAAGUGGGUGGCUAUGGCCAGGUAGGGUAUGCCCCAAGCGAGCCUACCUCCUUUGCUAAUUAGAUGUAACAUCUACACUGAAUUUUAAGAUACAAAGCUUAAGAGGGCACACGAUAAUCAGUUGACGUCUAAAUUAGACUACAAUAUGAGGAGUGUUUUCCUCUGUUGUUAGUAUUCUAGUGUCAGAAAGGCAGUGGUUCCAAACUACAACAUAUCUUGUUUGUAGGUAGCGAGAGGUACAAUGAUAUUAUCUGGGGAGUGAAACCUAAAGUUAAAAAGUUAACAUUGUAGGUGUUGUAAAAAUAAUGUUAUUCUAGUUUUCUCUCUCUCUCUCUCUCUCUCUCUCUCUCUCUUCCCCCUCUCCCUCUCUUUCUUUCUUUCUUUCUUUCUCUCUUUUUUUUGGUAUGUUGUAUUCCAGUGGUUAUAGCUGUUUGUAACUAUUUGUUUCUGUGAUUUGCUAUGCCACAGAUCUUGACGGAAAGUAUUUUUGAACUCUGUUUUGCACUCUUGUGAAAGAAGUCGUGGUCAUUUGUAAAAUUAUUGAUGAUGAUUAUUAUUAUAUCGUGUUGAGGAAGUGCAUGAUAUUGUACAUUGUAAGUUAUAAAUCUGCUGCGUGUGCACAUUUUGAGUAAUUGUAUAGCAGCAGUGCAAGCAGAAUUUAAUUAAUUUAAUUUAUUCAACGCAUACCUAAAAUAUCUAGUCUUUGAGGUUUAUUUUUUUGUUUAAGAUGUGUUAACUUUUUUUGUAAUAUCUAAUUAUAUUUUCUUAUACUUUACUUUAUUUUAAAGUUAUUUAUUUAUUUUUUCCUAUAAACCAAAUUCAUUUUUUUUAUGCUUUUAAAAAUUCAGUAACAACCAAGUUCCUGAUGAUAUUACCCUAUUAAUAUUGCACACUGAUAACUGUCCAUGAACAAUAGUUCUUUAUUGUUGGUGUUUUGUGACUACUUGGAUGUUAGCGGCUAUUGUACAAGGAGCAUUCCCUUUGUUUUGUACUUUUAGGAUUUUAGUAAGUACACAUGUUUUAAAAUAUGCUGCUUAAACUGCCAUAAUUCAGAACUGAAAGCACAAAUAUGAAAAGGGAUGAGUGGAACACUGAGUAUGUGUUUGAAAUAUCUUAUAACUGUAACUAGGUAGAACUGUAAAUUAGGUUGAUAUACAUUCAUUAAUCACAUAUUUCUGUAACAAAAAAUAAGUUUGAAUAGAAGUGUAACUUGACAUUCUCUUAAUUGUGAACCUUGUUUCUUGACUUCCAAAGCAUGUGACUUAAAUCAUUGCAGUACAUGCAUUUGUUAAAUGAGGUAUAUGCCAUUGUUGUAUUUGCUCUAAACUCAGUGUUACAUUAUAAUGUGAUCAGGUGUACCUGAAUAAGAUUGUAUAUCAGUAUGCUUUUAAAAUAUGAUUAAUAAAGUUGUUGCACAAACCUUG